AAGCGCCAUUAAUAGUUUACUCAGCUGUUCAAAGUCGCGCCAAUUUGCUGCUUCCAACUUUUAAAUAGAAUUGCUAGCAAAAUGCAGGCAUUUUUAAAAACUGGCAAAUCGAGUGCCAACAGCAACAAUACAGAAAAAAGCACAGCCAAUGAAACAGUUGAACGUCGCAAGCCACCAGCGCCUUGGGUGGAAAAAUACCGCCCACGAAGUGUAGACGAUGUAGUGGAACAGUCAGAAGUUGUGGCUGUUUUGCGUAAAUGCGUGGAAGGCGCUGAUUUGCCCAACAUGCUGCUCUACGGUCCACCUGGUACCGGUAAAACGAGCACGAUUCUUGCAGCCGCUCGUCAAAUCUUUGGUGACAUGUAUCGCGAUCGCAUCCUUGAGCUGAAUGCCUCGGAUGAGCGUGGCAUCAAUGUGGUGCGCACUAAGAUCAAGAACUUUGCCCAACUCACUGCAAGCAAUACGCGCCCCGACGGACGUCCGUGUCCGCCCUUUAAGAUCAUAGUUCUCGACGAGGCGGACUCAAUGACACAUGCAGCUCAGGCGGCUUUGCGUCGUACCAUGGAGAAGGAAUGCCGUAGCACCAGGUUCUGUUUGAUCUGUAAUUAUGUGUCGCGGAUCAUUGUGCCCAUCACAUCACGUUGCUCCAAGUUUCGCUUCAAGGCGUUAGGUGAGAAACAGAUCAUUGCCCGAUUGCAGCAUAUUUGCGAACUGGAGGGCGUUAGCAUUGAUCCAGAUGCAUACAAGUCCAUUGUGAAGAUAUCGGGUGGCGAUAUGCGACGUGCUAUAACUACAUUGCAGUCCUGCUAUCGCCUCAAAGGCGCCGAACACACAAUCAACACGGACGAUCUGCUCGAAAUGUCUGGCAUCAUACCAGAGCACUAUUUGGAGGACUAUCUGGAGGUCUGUCGCUCAGGCAAGUAUGAGCGUCUUGAGCAGUUUGUGCGUGAGAUUGGCUACUCCGCAUACAGCGUGGGUCAAAUGAUGGAGCAGUUUGUGGAGUUCGUUGUGCGCUGCGGCUCUCUGACCGAUCAACAAAAAGCCAUCAUAUGCGACAAGCUGGGCGAGUCCUGUUAUCGACUGCAAGAUGGUGGAUCUGAGUAUUUGCAGAUAAUGGAUCUUGGCUGCUCUAUUAUACUAGCACUUAAGUGAUAUCCUAGUUUAACUCUUUCUCAUUCUCAAUUCACAGAAUAAAAGUAACAAUAUUUUAUAUCUAUAAUGC